AUGAGAGACAUUCAUAUAAAAAAUCCCUUUCUUAAGUGGCAGUACUUUUCAUCUGUGGAAGGAGUUCAUACGAGUUUUCCAGUUCAUGACGAUUCAGAGCCUUGUGACUUAUACGACCCUCGAUACAGACCAUUUUACGUAGAAACAGCCACCCCUGAAUCUAAAGAUGUUGUGUUGGUUAUCGAUUCCAGUGCGUCUAUGACUAGCAAAAAAUUUACUAUUGCUAAAGAGGCGGCGAAGACUGUGUUAUCCUCAUUGAAUCCGAAAGAUCAGGUGGGUACUCGACACUGAGCGAUUUCUCGCGCGUGCUAAUUGGUCAAGAGCCACAACAUGGUCGUUAAAGGUAAUGUUACACGGGACGAUUCGCAACGUCGAUUUUUAGCGCAACACAUGCGGCGUUACAAUGUUGGAAUAACGUUGUAACUAUUCGAAACAAUGUCGUAACAAUAUUGCAACACUGUGCUGCGAUAAAAAAAGUCGUUGCGAAUCGUCUCGUGUAACAUCACCUUAAGAGUGCAGACCAUGGAAAUGACUUGGUGGUGCUCCCAUUUGGAGUUUUUCCUUUCUAGGGCACGCGAUUGUCCGAGAAAGUUCAAUGAAAAAGCUGUUAAUGGUACUGUAAAAAACAAAUAUAGUCGACUCCCGAUAACUCGAACCUUCAAGGGAAAUCGGAAAAGUCCGAGUUAUCAGGAGUUUGAUGCAAAUAACCGGAAGUCAGGAAAUAAGCAAAUGGAUGGGAAGGAAAGGCAAUUAAGCAACAAAGUAUACAAAAAUGGACACUGAAUUUGAACUGGAGUGACAAAAAAAGUAAGGAAAAAGAAUUUACUCGGUUGUAAAUUUAAUCUUUCGGACCUCAGUAGACGGUUUUUUCCCGACUUGUCACGCGCUUAUAACAUGGUUCUAGUUAUCGAAGGUAAAAUUGUAUAGAAAUGAGCUGAUGGGAAACCGUGCAAAAUUGGUUCGAGUUAGCGGGAGGGUCGAGUAGUUAUAGAGGGUUCGAGUUCCCGAGGGUAAAAUUACAGUAAAUGUAAGAAGGAAAUCUAGGGAAAUCGACUUUGGUUCGAGUUAGCGAGGGCUCGAGUUAUCGGAAGUCAACGGUAUAAAACAAUUUCCCAUGGUCUAUUUAACAAAUAGAUUCCAUGUUGCCGUGCGUCAUGGUCAGUAAUAGAUCACAGAUGACAUCAAAAUGUGGUAAAAACAAAGUAAGUGGCACACGAGCCACAGACAAAGUGUGUCACUGAUGUUUUCACAACAUUUUGACGUCUUCCGUGAUCUACUGCUGAACAGACCCACGGCAACACGGAAUCUAUUUGUUAAAUAGACCGCGAGAAAAUGUUGCAUAUUUGUUUUUUACGUCCAUUUUCAUUUAACUUUCUCGGAAAAUCGUGCGCGCUAGAAAGAAAAAACUACAAAAUAGAAGCACCACCACGUCAUUUCCAUGGUCUGCACUCUUAACGACCAUGUUGUGGCUCUUGACUAAUGACCAGAAAAGGAAAAAGACCGAUAUACAUACCUGCCUCGUACCGCUUCACUGUUCUAGGAUUUGUGUUACUUAAGGCAUUUUUUGUCGCUAACGCUACUUUUCGUUUCUUCUUCUUUUUCCCGUUAUCUUACUUGUAAAAAGUUUCUACGUCUUCACUUGCUCAAAACAGAAUAAUGGCGAAAAUAUUUUGCAUAUCAGCCAGUCUCUCGUAACGAUGACACACGAUCAGUUGUUGUGAAGUUUUCUGGCAUUUUAGCCAUUCUCAAGUUGUCAAGUACUCUUUUUGCCUCCGUUUUUCCAAUUUGUUUUGAACAACUUACAAAAUAAGACAUCACGUCUUUACCACAUUCCUAGCCUGUUCCAGGCCCCGAGAUAGUCGGGUCUGCUGAAUUGAGAAAGCGCAAACACGAAAAUAAAACGGGAGGAAACUGGGGAGAGCAGGGGCGGCGGAGCUUGUAAUCAUUUCUUUAAACGACCCUUUCCGGUAUACCAGCUCCUGGUAUACCCUCUGAUUGGUCAAAUUUGACAGAUUAUAUCAACACUCUCAAAGCGGGUCGUUCCUGUCACUCAGAGAGAUGGCGUCCGGCGUCCACGCGCGUGAAAUAGAGGAAUCCACGAUAACUUCUGUGUUGAACGAAUGUUUACUAGAUUUCCAGCACAUGGGAGCGCUGAGGAAGGAACAGAAGACCUGCCUUGUGAACUUGGCGCGUGGAGAAGAUGUUUUUGUAAUCCUACCGACCGGCUUCUGUCUCGCCUGAUAACAAAGUGGCAAUAACAGAACGGUCGCAAGCAGUUAUCUACGUGCUCCAGUCCAGAUUCACAUUAUCUUUAGAUCUCUUAAGAAGAACAAGCUGGUGUUUAAAAAUAAUUGCUUAAGAGCAAACUUGACUGACUCACAACGUAGUUCUCCAUGUUUAAAGUAGCUUCAGUUUAAGGUGCAAUCCAUUCUUCGAAAUUUGCAUUUGUGAAUCACCACCCGUGAGAAUUUCACAUCCUGCAAAAAUACUAACGAGCUGGGCCCAGCGUGACAAAACUCAUGGUAGGAGACCAUCACAUCACAAAAGAAAAUCGCUUUCAGUUAGUCAGAUCAAGGAGGGAUUUUGGAGAAAAUCAAACAACCUAAAACCCUUAAACUUUACGUUUCAAAAUAGGUCAAAGAAAAUGCUCUUGCAUCAGAGGGCAAAUUAUCAAUCAUGCCAACCAGAAACAAUAACCUCAGAAAAUCAAUAUGCGUGUCGCGACCUCUCAUCAUGAAACAGUCGGAAAAAAUCACAUAGUUUGCUCAGUCAAAAUCUGCAAAUUGCAGACCCCUCCAGAGCAUAAUCUACCUGCAAGGGAAAAUAUUCACUGGAACAAGCAGCAUUUUGGCGCAAGGUAAAAGUCGUGUGUUGCCUACCGACCCGCUUUUUACACUCCAGAUUGCUCUGACUCGCAUAAGAGAUAAGCGCCGCGCGAAAUAAUCUCGCGAGAAAUUUGAGAAAUUAAGAUUCCAACUCAUUGACAUUUCAACAGUUUGACAGCCGAAAUCUAAUUAUCUCAAACUUACCGAAAGUGGGCGGAAGAGGGUCGUAAAAUAAAUGAUUACAGGCUCUCUCUUUCUUCCUUUUUCGUUUUUCCCGCCCCGCCAACUUUUCACGUGCCUUUUUCUUUCGUGUCUUCCCCACUAUCUGAGAGCCUGGAACAGAAUACCACAUUCCACGCACGUAUAAGAAAUGUAAAAUGUAAAAAUAAUAAAAAUGUUCUAGAAGUUUUAAAAUCUUCGAAAUACAUUUCGCUCUCCGAGCUUCGUCAGUCAAUAAAAUUUUCAUUUAAGAUGCACUAAAAUAGUCUGCGUGUUCGCCAGUGUCAUGUAAGCCAACAUCGUGUAUUCUAUUUCACGUGGUCACGUGCGACUACCGCGCGUGGAACGCGGAAAUAAUUCCAUUCGUUCUUAGAGUUCAACAACGAGCCUUCCGGUACUUGAUCGAUCCGAACACUCUCUGAUAUCUGCCUCAACGUGGCGUCGUUGGAGUAAAGAACCGGUAAAAUGUUCAUUUCAGAUUUUUGCAUUUCACUGUUGUGUUUCUCUUUACAGUGCUUCCAUCUUCCUUUUUGGCCAGUGACUUCAUGCGUUGUAAUCCUCUAGUACACGCGCUCCUUUAUUUUUUUCUGAUAUAAAUGUCAUUACACUUUGUACAUUUUAUGUCAUAAGUCACGCUCUGUCUAUCACACCGUCCUUUUCCAUCUACUCUACACACUGGGCAUUCCCCUCUUUUCCAUUUUCGUGAUUUAAACGGAUCAGACCUCUGGAGUAACUUUUUAAUCGCAACACCAGCUCAGUUUUUCUACCACUUUGAUUUUGAAACCUUGUCGCUUUAUUUCUUUCUCGUAUCACCUCUGUAGCUGUGAAUUGGGUGUAGCUGGUACAAAAAUACCGCCUCGUUUCCGCCUUUUUUGUACUAGUUGCUCCUCUUCCUCGCUUUUUCUUGGUUUCGUUCCUCUCUCUUCCAUUCUCUGGGUCGAUGUAAAGGUCUUUCUCCUUCUUGAUCAGCUUUCUCUCUCCUUUCAUAUGCCUUAAGGGCCGAGUUGACAACCUCAGUACUGACUCAGGAGGUCCUAAUUAAGAGUUCUACUUAAUUGUAGCAAACUGUUGCCAUGGAAGAGGAGGGUGGAGAAUGUUAACGAGAUGGUUUUGAGAAUGCAGUACUCGGGGUUCUGCGAGAAAUUCAGGUAUGAGGUUGUCAACUCGGCCCUUAAGACGUGAUGUCUUAUUUUGCAAGUAGUUCAAGUUAUUGGAACACAUUCUUAGUCUCGGCAUUUACAAUUUCGCAAAAAUCUUCCAUUUUUCCUCUCUGUAAAUAGCUCAUUGUAAACUUUUCUCGAGGCUUUUACUCGCUCAAUGCGAAAUAAAUCACACAAACAUUUUCAAAACCGCGCAUCGUGUGAACUGAACAAAAAAAAAAAAGUUUUCCGUGACGUCAUCCAUGUAUCCGUAGUCUAAUAGAACAUGGGUAACGACCAGCGCGCGUAACAUUCACAUCACUGCAUAAACUCUUUUUAUUAAAAACUGAACCACUGGCCAUGGACAAUGCAAUGCUAGAGCGCUGAUUGGUUUAGCCAUAAUGGUAUAUGAGCCAUUGUUAUAUUCCUAGAGUUUCACUCAACUAAACUAAACUUUCUUGGUCACAUGGCCUUGACUAAAAUCAAAUGUAUCCCGAUCGUGAUACAUUAAGCAAUGUACCCCGCUCGGGAUAUAUUACAACACGUGAUCAAAGCAUAUUGGAUAGUUACGUGACAGAAGGCGGGAAAAACACUGCCAGGUCCUGCCACUGGCUGCCAGUUUUCUUUUUCGUGAAUGAACGCAACAACAUCAUGAAGCCUCACGCUAAAAAGCAACGAUUAUCAAACAUCAGUGACUCCCUCGCCUGCGGCUCGUGUGCCACUUCUUUGUUUUUACCACAUUUUGACGUCUACAACGUCAACUGUGAUCUAUUACUGAACAGACGCACAGCAACAUGGAAUAUCUUUGUUAAGCAGACCAUGACAAAUUGUUGGUUUUGCAUAGGCACAAGAGAGUAGCUCGCUCUGGCCGGAUUAUAGGCUCCAGCUCCUUCUUAGUUACAUUGGUUUGAAAAACGAGCGAGCAACUCCUUUAUGCCCACGCAACGGCGUGUUCGCAAACCAGUUCAUUUUUAGAUCGAUUUUCUAGCGAAUUUUGAAUAUCAGAUAAGUCUUACAUAACAGUCAUCAAUCAUCCGGUGCUACCAUGAUACGUUUAUUCAUUGAUCAUAAAAAUGGUAUGUUUUUGGUUACUUUUCUUUAAGGUUAAUGUAGUUUCCUUCAACACAGAAGCCUCAACAGAUGAUGGUUCUGAUGUCACGUCUUGUUUCAGUGAGAGGUUAGCUCUAGCAGUUCCUGAGAAUAAAAAAAGCCUAGAGAAAUACAUUGAUGGACUCAAGUUUAAUGAACAACGUAAGUCUAUUGUAAUAGUCAUGAGCUUUUAUUUUCAGUAUCGUGUUAUUCCCAAGCAAGCUCCCUAGCCUGCUAGCAGUCGUUUCUGUUUCCUUGAAGUAAGAGGUGGGAGAGGAGGGGAGGGGAGAGGCGGGGAAGGGAAGGAAACCGUUUCCUUCUCUUUCCCGACCCUGUCCCCCGCAUUUACUUUAUUGCUUCUUUAUGCCUCGCGCGACUUUCGUCCUUACAACGCUAGACCUAAAGGAAACGGAAACGACUGCUACGCAGGCUACAAGCUCUUGUAAGCGGCCAUUUAACCCUUACAUCUUUAGUGGCCACUUAUGGAACCUUGAUUCUCUUUUAAAAGGCGAGGGGCCUGUUUCUCCAAAGGUCCGGAAACUUUUUUUAAGCCGGAAGGCAAAUUUUCAAAUCAAAACAUGUUGAAUAGUAGCACAGUUCCUAGCUCACAAACCCGUCAAUUUUGCUUGGUUAACUGAUAGCUUCAUUGUGUCAUUUGCAAAUUAUUGAAGCUUGAGUGUAAACACGGCAAACAUAAACCAGCUCUCCAGGCAAGAAAAGUUGCCGGGCAUAUCGAGAAACGGGGCCCAAGCUCCAGUAACGUACAUCUUUUUCGCGUCCGGAGGGUGUCCACUUACCAGACUUUCCACGGUAGUUCCUUAUAAUGUCAUAUCACCAGUCGUGGCAUCAAGGUCCAACUGUUGCAGUCCUAAUAGGAAUCAUGAUCAUCAGCAUACCUGCACCAGAAAGUGACAUGGCCGGACAUGAACGUAGUCUGCCGUACAUAUGAAAGAAAUGUAGUCGUUAGUUUAGCGGUCGUGUCUUUGCCUUAAUGGAUAACAUGGAGACUGUACACACACUCUCUAGUUGUCUCCAGCCUCCUCCCCAGGGCGCUUUUCUCUGGCUUUGGAGGUGGGGCGGGAAAAGGCCCUUGCAUCGGCCGGCCGAUCCGUUAUUUUGAUUGGUUGAUUGAUUUAGGUAAUUCAGUAAGUUAAAUAAUUUAUGCAUUGUACCGAAACCGAAACCGUAUGUCCACUCCAACGAAGAUUUCUGCAAGAAAUCCAGUUCGCAGGCUAUGUGGCGGUUCUCAUGACAGUCGCUAUAUGCUUUGAAUAUUUAGCAUAGCCGGGCCAUCUAAAGAUUUGUGUUCAAAAGUUUAUAAAAGCAGUGGUAUAAAAAUUUCUGAGGACGAUACGAGGUUAGCACUGCUAUGUAGGAGUUGCGUCACAUUCGUAGACAAAAUGGAUUAGUUUAUUCGGAGAGCUCAAUCUCUAGACAAUACGCCGUCUUAUAUAAACUCAGAAUAUUCGAUUCUGUAAAGCGCUGCUUUCAACUUUCACCGACUUCGCAUCAGCCAUCAAAGCUUCUACUUGUAUGAAAGGAUAUGCCAACCGAAAGCUUCGAUGUGGUUGGUAGGCCGUCACAACUUUUAGCUCAUGCCAAAAUGCUAUUUCCAAAACGUUUUUUUUCUUGUGCUAGGUAGAUUAUGCUCUGGAAGGUUCUACAUUUUUUUCUGAGUAGAUGUGAUUUUAGCCGCUUGUUUCACACUGAGAGGUCAUGGUACACAUAUCUAUUUACUGUGGUUUUUUUUUUUCUGGUCGGCAAGAUUUACCCUCUGAUGCAAGAGUCUUUGCUUUGACCUCUUUUGAGGCGUUAAGCUUUUUAUUACGGCCGAAUAAGGGGUUCCAGUUUUCUCCAAAGUGCCUUCUGGAUCUAAAUAACUAAGCGAUUUUCUUUAGUCCGUGAAUGUAAUGUUUUUCUGCAAUGUUGUAUCACGCUGGGCCCAGCUCGUCAGUUUAGUUUGCAGGAUGUUAAAUUAUUAUCAAGGACAGUGAUUUUUACAGUUCCAAAAUUACCUGAAUUAUAAGAAUGAAGUGCAGGCUUAAACUGAAGCUGCAUCAACUAUGGAGAAUUGCAUUGUGACUCAGUAGACUCUGACAGCAUAGUCUUUUUCUGAAGAUAAUAUGAGUCUCUUGACUAGAGUGCGUAUUCCCUUCCUUGGUAACAGCUUUUGAAUUGGACUGUUUUGUUAUUGCGACUUUCUGAUCAGGCAAGGCCAUGAUUUCGGUUCUCCACGUGAACCUCAUUAGUUGCCGAGUUGGCUUUGUGCUUAGUUGCUUUUACAAGAAGAGCAACUUUAGUUGUUCUUUAUCGUGGCAAGAACGGUACAGCCGUGAAAUAGCAUCGACUUGCCAAAUCCAGUUGGCAAGACUCCAAAAACAUCCUGGCCUUUCAGGAUAGAUUCGAAACACUUUACUUGAAGUAGUUUAAAAUUAAGCGAUGGAAAGUCACCGUUACUCAGGGUCCUCAGGGAAAAUCCGACCGGGCGAAGCACUGAUAAGAACUCUGGUCUACCCGCCAUCUCGGAUGUUUUGUUUAUCGUAUGCGAUCGUAUGCUAAUUUAGUACACCCACAAAUUCUGGGUGUUUGGUGGUCAUGUGACCGGUCGAUGCCAGGGCCUUUUCCCGCCCCACCUCCAAAGCCCGGGAAAAGCGCCCUGGCGACGAGGUUGAGUUUUCCCAUAACUUGGAAGGAAAGCGACAAAGCGAGCAAAGUAAGCGCCAGCGAAAAUCCCGACGGGGGGUGAGAAUGAGCCUCGCCUCAUCCCAUACUGUGGUGAUACUCUCCUCCAGUUCGCAUUUUUAUCAAAUACAAUUACGAGAAAUAUUAAUUGUUAAAGUAGUAUUUUGCUAACUGGCUGAAGAGUUAAGUCUGUAGUAUAGGGCAUUUUUUUCACUAGUCAUGCUGUAUUUUAACGAGUUCGUUCGACGAUCGGAGCCAAAAUACAAAAGAUUAGUAGAAAUAUUUCAGCCACCAUAAUGGUUAAUUGUCCAUAGGAGACCAAUUAUUCAACUUCGGCCACCAAAUACGAAUCGACCUUUCGCACACACCAAACCUGUGAAAUCCCUCACCGAGACUGCAUCUUUUAUCUUUUUGAAACGGCUCUCCAGAGUGCACGCUUGAAUGUGAUCGACAUCGUAACGGAACUCGCACUGGAAUGUGAUUGUACAAUUUUCAUGUCCUGUCCACACGAAUUCGGGUAACAUAAUACGCGGUUUCAAAAAUGUCUGGAUUCGUGUGGACCGGGUCUUAGAUUUACUGCGAUUUCUUGAUAUAUAGAUUUAGAAAGGGCUAAAAAGGCAGCUCUCGUUAAUAUAGUUAUAGAAAGUAUAGUUUACUCAAACAAAAACAUAAAACUCGUUUUGCGGCAUUGUUGCGGACAAGUUGCACGUUUUUUUGUUAACCGUUUUACUUGUUGGCUUCACACUAGAGAUUCAAGUAUAGUGUAAGUGUAUUUCAACCCUCCAAGUUGCGACCAUUUUAGUCGCCAUGGCGCCUAAAAUUUUGGAACUGGCGACUUGAUUUGGAGAAUAGUCGCCAAGAUGGCGACCGUGAAGAAUAGGUUCGUGUUGGCGUAUAGAAACAGAAAUGGUGAUCACUUCUACUGAAAUAUGAAGAACAUUUAUUCUAGCUGAUUUGAAUUCUAUUACUUUUUUACUUUUCCCUUGAAAAACAUGCUAAAUUGAAAACUUAAAAAAAUCUCAGAGCUAAGCGUUUUGAAAAUGAACAUCAAUGAAACUUGACUUGCAUUCGUUCGCCAAAUCGCCUUCAGUCUGUUGCCUUGCACGUGACAUUUUAACUUUUGACACAUGACAAAUGGCACGCUAUCGAAGCGCCUUGCUUGUCGACAGUGACGAUUUCUUCGAUAUCUUAGGAAUGCUUGUCAAGCCAAGUUCGGUGGUUUUUUAACUGGACUACAUAUUAUAGAUAUUUUUGAAUCAAUACUGAAACAAUCUAAUAACAUGAAGAGGGAAAGCUAAAUUGGUGCAAAUUCAAAACAGAACAUUAUGUGAUAACAGUAACAUGUGAACCGUGCUGCGAGUUGAAUCGCGGUUUUGUAAACAAAAGCGAUAAAUGUAAGCGAAACUAAACAUCGCAAAACUGACAGCUUAUGGUUGUUGCAAAAAAUGGUUUUUUUAAAACACCUGUAGCGAUGAAAAAGGAAAAAGAAAAUUAAUUUUAUUAUUUCGUAAGCGGCAUUUUUGUUUGGGUUCCUUUCAAUUGAUUGGGAAAAACAUUUUUUCCCAGUACAACUCGUUGCGAAAUUUUCACAAGCGCGUUAUCUCUAUAAAGCAAUGAUUUGAUUUAGAAAACUUGUUGAUCUUCCUAUACUCUCCUGCCUUUUUCAGGCUUUCGCGAUGUCUAGCGAUAUUAAAAACGACCUUUUAAAUCUCCAAAAAUAUUUGAUAGUUGGAGAAACAAGUUCAUCAUCAACAAAAGUCGAAAAGAAAUGCGAAACAAAUAUCAGAAAAAAAAUAGGUCGCCUAUCAAGUUGCGACUGGGAAAUUUUGAACAGAUUAACAGAGCAUGAGUUAAGUUCUGCUCUCAUAUACCAACUGGGGAUUAUACAGAAGGAUUGAAGGUCCUAAAGACAACUGGAAAUGGUAAUUGUCUUUACAAUUCCGUUUCAGUAUUGAUUCAAGGAGAUGAAUCUGCAAACCUUAUUCUCAGACUAUCAGUAACUAAUGCCUUGCACAAUAAACGAGUAAUUUAUAGACAGUGCUGCAUUUUAAGUUAAACUUGCUAACUGCUUUUGUUAAUGACAAUUUUUAUAUGUUAAUAUAUUAAUAUAAUUUGGCGCCUAAAAAUUUCCCCUGGCGACUAAACCCAAAGAGCUGAUCGCCAAAUGGCCACUGAACAAAAAUUUUAACUUUGAGGGCUGUAUUUGAAACCUACUUUGAGUGUGAAGGGCUAAAAUGUACCCACUUUACUUGGUGACCAUGGAAACUUUCGUAGUUCAAAGAAGCCGAAGUUCUCCCUCAAGUCUGGUCUUCACUACACUCGAGAACACAAUUGACUAAUAAGAAAUGGAAGCCAUGUGCACGAUGUGCAAGACGUGCAGCGGUUCCAAGAUUCUAAUGAACGGAGAGAUUACUUGGCUUCACAUUAGAAGUUAACUUAGUUUCAAGUGAGUACUUGAUUCAAUUGGUAGCCUUUACACUAGGCCGUCAUGUAAGACGUAUGAGCUUCUAAGUUUUACUUAACCUGAAAGAUACGUGUGUUAAGGCCUUAAUAAAAUCUCACGUUCUUUUACUUUGCAUCUCAUCAAAAUUGGAAAGUUGAAACGAUUCAAGAAAAGUUCAAGUGACCUGAAAACCAUCCUUAAAAGUGACCUAGCAAACUUGCGGUUUCUUAAGCUUUGAAAAAGGCGAAGCAUGUCGAUCAAUCUUAAUUAUGCUGCUUGGGAAAAUAGCCUCAAGUUAACCUGAAGUAAAAAAGAAACGGUUAUGUGUGAAGCUUAAUUUUACUUGAAGUAUUUAAAAUUUACUUGCAUGUUUCGAAAUAUUUCUUAGCUUCUUUAAGCGCUAGUGUAAAGACCUGCCAUUGACAGCUUUUGCUUCAAGCAAUAUACUUUGUCAAUAAGUGUGAAGCCAUGUUUUCAGUGUGUAGGUGGUGGAUGAAGGUACGGACAGUCAGGUGAUUACCAAGUUUAUCGCCUUGAUAGGUUACCAUUUUUUCUGGCCCAUGAUGCUCCGCUGCGCGGCUUCGUGCGAGCGAGAGCGCUUCUAUAACCAGGGGAUGCGUAAUUUAACCUGUCCCUUCUCGCAAGCGUGAUGCAAUGUUGUUGACAAUUAGUUUGAAUUAAACUGGUUCACUUAGUAACUCGACUUUUGGGGGGUUUUCCUCUGCGCUUAGAGAUUUUUUCUUUCGAACUUUUGCACACAAGGGCAAAUGGCAGUGGAACAAGGAAUUGAUAAUUGUGAGGCUUAUGAUGGCUAUUUAGCUUUUAUGCAGAAGCCCCCACAAAAUAAAACAAAAAAAUGUAAUGGUAAUAAGCGAACACGAGUUUCGAAGAAGAGCAACUAUCAAGAAAGAACUUAUAAUUUGCAUUCGCUCGAAAAAAUCAUAUAAACGUAACCCGUCUUUAGAGUCUACUAUGUUGAGUAUUUUCGUUUUUAAAAUGAAUUGGUAACGAAGUCUGUUUAGUUAAUCUUCGGCAGGAAUGUGUGAUUGUUACACACAAAUUGUAAACGAAGUUUAUUACAAUUUCAAACUGAUUACAUCAGCUACAUUAGCACAUGGUUUGUCCAUGCUCCUCCUCAAGUUAUGGACAUACUCACGUCACCCACCACUCACACGCCUUACGCACUCUACAUUAUGGACCUUAUGUAUCCCUACUGGGAUCGAAUUUUAACUCUAAUUCCUAAUGUGUAGAUUUAGCCAGGGCUAAAAGCGAAGCUCUGGUUAAUAAUACGUGUCAACAAAAAAAAUAAAAUCGUGUAAUGCUAAACGAGGACGACAAUGAAAAUGGCUUCAAGAUAGAUACAUAGAUAGAUAGAAACUUUAUUAAAGUGUCAAAAGCCGUCUAGCCAGGGAAAAAAGAAUCCCUUACUAAUUUGGGGACACCAAUUAGGGGAGAAUAUACAGACUUAAAACUAUAUACAGUACUAGGUAAAAUAUCUAUAGUUAUCUAAUUACGAGAUUUAUAGUAAAAACAUAGAGAAGUCAAAAUGAACAAAGGCUACAGCCUGCGCAGCCAUCAUCUAAAAGUUCACUUAUAUUGAGUUGGGGUAUCUUGCUUUUAAACGAAAUUAGGGUUGUGACGUCCCUAAUACUCUUGGGUAGUUUUGUCCAUAGCCUAGGCCCUAGAUAUCUAAUAGAGUGCUUGCCGUAGGUGACUGUCUCAUACCUAGGUAUAGAGAAAUCUACUUGCCUCAGAUUGUAAUUACUAUAUUUGGUUCUUUAAAGAUGUUACUUAUAUAUGCAGGGCACAGUUUAUGCUUUACUUUAUACAUAAGGAUGUACAGAUCCUGUAAGCGACUAUUUAGCAGUUUUAGCAAGACUAAUAGAUCUAAUGAGCCAAAAAACAAAUUGCACGCGCAGCACACUUUUUCUUCUAAUUAGCAAAAAACAAAUUUGCACGGGCAGCACGCUUUUUUGUCUUUCCCUUGCCGUUGUUUUGCACGACUACAACGCUCUUUUGUACGACUAAAACGUCAAACUUCCUAGUUACACAUUAUUUUUAUAGAGGAAUUGGCGUAUGUGCUUACCCAAUAAUUUGUUUUCUGUGUUCACGUUCGCUUUUAUUUUUCACUACCACUCAUCUUCACCUUGCUGGCCGCUAGCAUUUCUCAUUUUCUCACUGCCGCUUUGAAUUUUCAUGUUUUUCUUCCUGCGAAAUUCGUCUCCUUUCUUUUCAAUAACUCGCUAGAGCUCUUUCUCUGUUAUCCACGUUAGCGUAAACAUAAAGAAUAGCGCCGAAAAAGACACGACUUUGUUGUUAUUUUUUGUUUCUAAAAGUCCCGGCGGCCAUGUGAUUUCCUUCCAAAUAAAACCAGAGGUAACCCAGGCUCUGUGAUAGUACCACAGUACGGUUCCAGUAAAAUUAUAGUGUCUGUAUGGGGUAAAAAUACGAUCUUAAAAUUUCUAGGAAAUCAGUACUAAAUAGAGAUCAAUGAAUCUUACUCUGCAGUUAAUUGUUGUUGUCCUUAUUGCUCCAACGAAGCUUCGUGAUAAUUUGCAGUAAUUUGUUCAAAUUCACUCUAUAUACAAUAACAAUAUACAAGGCAGGAGACACGAGAUGCCAUUUUCGCUGACAUGCUCUCAUUCGACACAACUUUUUCCACGAAAUUCGAACUCAUAAUAAUAAUAAUAAUAAUAAUAACGGAAAAUAACGGAAAAUAAACAUGCCAGGAUCGUAGAAAUAGGAUAGCAGCAGAUCUAGAAACCAAUGAAGCUUUCCCACAUAGAGAAACGAAUCCCACAGACUUUGACAAACUCGAAGGAUAUGAUCAAAACAGACCGAGAAUAUGCUCGCCGAAGCAGCCGGGCAGAUCAACGCGCGGCCAAGAAAAUGAGGCCUAGGCACUGUACAAAAAACUCCAUCCCUUUCGCAGUGAGCCUCCGCUUGCGUACCCCGUUCAGAGAAGUCAUUCCCGGCUAAACUUUCAAAUGAAACCAGUUUUAAGAUGGACAGUAUUUUGAUUUGCACCCGUUUGUUGGUAAAUCAAAAUGCACCUUGUUAGCGCUCAACAACUUGCAGAGGGAUUCAACUCCGCGAUACACUCACUUUCCGUAAAUAAAGCAAAUCCUGAGAAGAUAUGAACAACCACAUGAAUUUUCUGAAUUUCCAUGGCACAUAUUAAGGCAUAUUUUCCUACUAUAAGACCAUAAAACAUUAAAAAAGACAGCAAAAUCGAUCCUUCUCUCCACCGACGACGGAUCAUUCACGAAAACAACCAUGCGAGGAAUAAGCUCUUUUAACUUCCGGCGUUUCCGACAGCCAAUCAGAUCUUGUGGCAUUGUUCUAACAGCCAAUCAGCGUUACGGCCAAAAUCUGGCCGUAACGAGCACAAACUUGUAAUAGUUUGUAUCAGGCCCAAUUUCAGCGGUAGCCGUUAGAGAGAAUGUAUGAGAACCGCUCAAAUUGGGCCUGAUCUCAGGUUAGGUUCGCUCUAUUACUACUAUUAUUACUACUUAUUAAUACUAUUCUGUUGUCUGGGCUACUUGCCUUCGUCGCUUCCUCAUUGACCAGCUUGAAGCUAUCCAGAAGAGGGCCCUGCGAAUCGUAUACCCUGACCUCCACUAUCAACAGGCUCUUGCACAAGCCAACAUUACCAGUUUAGAGGAUAGACGCGCCCACCUGUGUCUUAAAGUGUGGCACAAUAUCAAAAAUAACCCGGAUGGCCAGCUGCACCGCCUUCUCCCUCCCGUGCGAUCCGAAUGCCACUCUUACCAUCUUAGGAACAGUAGCAGUUCUAGCCGCUUCCAGUAUAGAACAAAACGCUUGGGUUCUAGUUUUUUCCCAGCAAUGGCAAAAAUUAACUAAUCUUACGAGUCUUGUUAUCUCUAGUAUUGUCUUUUAUCUAUAUCUGAAUUGUAAAUAACUUAUAAAUAGCCUGUAAUCCCAGUCCCUCUGAAACAAAUGUAAUUUUAUUUUUAGUUGUAACUUAUGUAAGCACAUUGCAAUUCAUAGUUUUUAUGCCACCAUGUGUAUUUUAAUAAACCAUCGUUAUUAUUAUUAUUAUUAUUAUUAUUAUUAUUAUUAUGAGUUCGAAUUUCGUGGAAAAAGUUGUGUCGAAUGAGAGCAUGUCAGCGAAAAUGGCAUCUCGUGUCUCCUACCUUGUAUAUUAUUAUUGUAUAUAGAGUGAAUUUGAACAAAUUAGUGCAAAUUAUCACGAAGCUUCGUUGGAGCAAUAAGGGCAACAACAAUUAACUGCAGAGUAAGUUUCGGUCAGGGCUAAAAUCAGAGUGCGCGGAUAUUUUUUCAUCAGAGCCUGAUCUCUGGUUGUUACGCCAUACUGACGAGCCCCAAAGAGGGCGAAACAGCUGUCUAUGCCUACAAUUCCGCUCUGUUUUGAGUUCUUUCGGUGUCGUGUUGAUGUCUUGCAGAGUUAAUUUUCACGUGGUACGAUCAGCAUUGCAGUAUUCUGCUUGCAGAAUUUAAUAUGUCUACAUUUUUAUUUUUGCUGAUCAGGUCUUUAUAGAUCCCACGUUCUUCGGCAUAUUCGUUUGCGGUCCUGUGCAGUCCCUUGGGGUUAAUGUUUGUAAGUUUCAUUGAUCUUUAUUUAGUAUUUCCUAGAAAUGUUAGGAUCGUAUUCUUACCCCAUACAAACACUGUAUAUUUACUAGAUCUGUACUGUGGUACUAUCACAGAGCCUCGGUUACCUGUGAUAAAACCUUGACUUGCAUUUGGGUUGCCAUACCUGUUGAUUGAGUUAUUUUACAUUGGUAUGCCUGUGGUAAGGACGGACGGUCGCUCGCUCGCUCGGUGUACGGUCACGUGAUUACCAAAUUUUCUCGGAUAGGUAGAUUACUACAUUUCCGAGACCUCUAACUCGAUAAAAUUUAUUUGUUUUACGUCCCAUCUUCGUUUAGAGGAUAUUCUUUUCUGAUUCGGCAGCCCACCGAUACCGCCCCAAAUUAGACUGUUCACAGUCCCCUAUUUUUUCGUGAGAUCGAGGAGAUAUAGCGCGUCUUACCGUUAAUGACGGCCAUCUUGAUUUUCAAAUGUACCGAGGGAGCCGGCGUCGGGGAUUAUAGCUGUAGGGGGAGGGGGCGAGAAAAAUAGAGGGACUGUAAUAACAUCACUGCAGCUUGCGUUCACGGAGCGCGUUGUACCAGCAACGCAGGCGUUUCAUUGGUAAUUAGACAAUAGAUCUUAAUUUGCGUUGACAACCGGUUUAGUUUUAAGUUGCCGACACUGACAAGUCGUUGACAAGUCGUCGUUUCUAUAAAACGCACGCUUUCAAACCAUAAGGUACAUCUCUCGCAAACAGACGAACGACUUUUGGUAUUUUGCGGAUAAAUCACGUAAGCCAACAUGCUUUUGAAACAGCCCGACCGGGGGAAUGUUGUAACACAGUUUCUGCCAGACGAAUUUAAAUUUAACGCUACGCCGACGCAAAAAAGACGACCUGUCAGAAAUGCCUGGCUUUUUAUCGGGCGGUUUAACCGUUUUAGUCUGUGGUGAAGCGAGCAUGCUAAGCGAUUCGAUUAGGUAAAUGUUUCUCUUGUGCUUCUUUGGCGAUUUUAUUUGGAGGAAUCGCCUAAAAACAUUAUAAAAUCACUGUUUCGAAAGGAGAUAUUUGUAAACACGCGUAAUCGACGCUAAAUGUUUCUGGCAUGUUUUUCAGCGCCAGCGGAGUUUCUUAAUUAAUGAAUGGUAAAAGGCGUGAAAUUCCUGUCACGCCUCCUGAACGCGAGCUGCAGUGAUGUUAUUACAGUCCCUCUAUUUUUCUCGCUUCCUCCCAAACAGCUCCCCCACCCCCUAAGUAGUUUUGACACUCAUGCAAGGUGGCAGCCCGUAACGCAAAGUGCUCGAUCUCGACGAUCUUACGGAGAAAUAGAGGACUGUGAACAGUCUAGCCCCAAAUGCGCAAUUAAUUUUUUCUAUUUAUUGAUUUAUGACUUUUCACAGGUGCAUCUGUUUAUCGAGUUGGAUUGGAAAAGGCCUUUGAUCUGUUGAAAGCUUCUGCUGUUGGUGAAUUUGACAAAACUAAGAGGAGAAUCAUUUUAUUUCUCACGGCUAGUAAUCCAAAGGAUAAUAGAAGUCUGAUCUUCAAAACGAUAAGAGACAGGAACUUGGAGCUUAACAACUCAGUCAUAAUUUUUACGUUUGGAAUUGGCACGCCUAACACUGAAAUCCUUACAGACAUUGCCAAUCAAAAUACAUCAAAGUAUGGCUAUCCGCGAAAUGUGUCUGUUGGAGAUAUAACGGUAAAGUACAUGUAGACCAGCUAUUUACAUUUCAGAUUUGCAAAGGUAAUUCGCUUCCGGAGGUACUGAGCUUCUUUGCCAAAUCGCAGACGCAGUGUGUAUAAUAUAACGACGUUUUGGGGUUUUAACGCAGCGGCUACGAAAUUUUGAGAAAACCUACAGCCAUUGCUCAGCAUUCGCCACAUAAGAAACGAGAACAAAACCAGACCGAUUUAAUUGUGCAUAGAUUUGUGGGAUUGCUACUAGGAACAGGGAAAAAAUAGGCCAUUUCUAAGUUCCCCCGGGCCUCUGUAUCAAAACGAGGUUAAGUGCUCAGCCUUUGAUAUGGAAAUUAUUUUUCAUUCUCAUGCAAGGUUGUGCACUUGGCCUCAUUUUGAAAGUGAGGGUUUUUGGAACUCGGAAGUGGCCUAUUGGCUUAUCGCGUCCUUAUUAACAAUCCCAGAAACAAUUGCGGGCUCCUUUUUGCUCAAGUUUCCUUCUCAUUUCUAAAGUGGCAAAUAAACAUGCAUGAACAGCUCCUUUUUUUUUUUUUUCAAAAAAUCACUUUCUGCCAUGGGGCGACAGAAACCCGUCGUCAUAAGCCUAGCGUCUUAUCUAGAAGGUAAGGGGUUUCUCGUCAAGGUUUGAAGGCGGUAAAGCGCUCAAAAGCAUAGUUUAUUUUUACACUUGUCACGUUCCUGAUUGUGCGUCUUAAGAUGGUUCGGUUGAAUAUAUAGCUAUACUUUUGAUUUCAGUUAAGCUUUCCUGAAAGAGUUGUCUAAUAUUUAAUUAGUUGUUGUUGUAGUGUGAAAGAUUUUAAAUCUAUAAGGGCCUGUUUUCAUGGAGGUGAGGGACCCCAGGAAGGUGAGGUAACACGCUUUGGUGGGGUAACCCGCCUGUCAUGUAAUCUCUCAUUUUAUUUUGAUCACGUUUACAUGAUAGGUCGGGUGACCCGCCACACGUUACCUCACCUACCUGGGGUCCCCCUCCUCCAUGUAAACAGGCCCUUAGUCAAAGCUUUUUCUCCUCUUUUCCCUAUUAGCGUGGACAGUACGUAUACACAGCAGUCACGGAAGAUAUUAACUUGCUGCGAACUAAGAUGGUAUCGUACUAUAACUUUCUUCCUCGAGCGCGGCUGGAUCAACCAAUAGUGUCUGUGCCGUAUAUUGAUGCAUUUGGAACAGGUAUUGUUUGUCUCUUAACUCCCCUCUCCCCCUCCCACCCCCUCCUCACCCCCUACCACCACAACGUUAAGAAGCUAAUAUUAAUAGGAUAAAAGAUACUUCUUAGUUUGACUUAAAAUGUAAGUUUUUAUGUCAAAUUUAUAGUUUCACAUAUUGCAAUACAAAAUUGCGGUAGCAACGUUUCUAAGAUGGCCUCUUCGAGGUUUAAGCAUGUUUCGGAGGACCAUAUGACGUCAUUGCGAAAUUCAAGACCCGCGAAUCAAAUCCUCGCAGAAUUUAAACACGCGAAGUUUUAUAUCCAUUCAGAAAAUCCAAAUCACAAAAUUUAAAGAGGAUUAACAUGUAAUAACAAAAACACAAGGAUAUGGUAAUCGAUAAAUACAAAGCGAUAACUUAGUUUACAGCUGGUAGAUUCCAUUUUAUAUCUUUUUUUUUUGCUUAAAGUAACGGUAGUAGAUUUCACGUAUGGAGUAUAGACUAUAACUAUUAAAUUCAUCUUUUAGGCUAUUAAAAUAGCUAGAUUCCAUCGUACAAAUCCCUCAGAAUAUUAUUCACGCAGUUAUCAAAAUAUAAUUGCAAUUACCGUGUAAUUGGUUCCUCGUAGUUCUCAUUAACAAGUUUCUUGUAACGUUCCAACACUAAAACGUUUUUCAGGUCGAGUCUAGUUCGAAGCAAACAUAGUCAAUAAUGUGAAAUAGUUAUGAAUCCUGUCAGAGUCCUCUGUUAUAUGUUUCUGUAGGAGAGAAUAAUGGGGCAUUAUUCUCUCUUGGUUUUGUUAGCUUAUUUUAACUUGACUGGUGCACAACUUUCAAUUGGUUUCAUUUUUCCUUCUAUUGAAGGAUAUACACAAGAUGAAAUAGACCAUCUCUUUAAUUCAAUUGUGAAACCCUAAGUUAUUAUACGGUCUUUCAGUUUAUGCUGCAAGUGUUUCCGAACUUACUGUUAUACAAAGGUUUUUAAAAAGAUGCUAUAAGAGGCGUUAUACGUCGGUUAAUUACAACAUAUAUGAACUUCUGGAGAAACGCGACAGACGCCUUUUUUGUAGCCUCAAACGCGAUGACCAUCCAUUAAAAAGCUUGCUCCCAAGGUACAAAGACUGUAUUGUAAACCUUCGUAGGAAAUCCAUUGUCAGGCCCAGCAUUAACACUGAACGUUUCAAAGAUAGCUUUUUUAAUAGAUUGAUUUUUAAAUAUAAUCUAGCUGUGUAAAUACCCCAUAUCUAUUUUUAAUCAAUUUAAUCUUUUUUUUUAUUCAUCUUGAUCAUUGUAAUUUUUUUUUCCGUCAAUAUAUAUUUUUACUGUAACAUCAGAUAUGUAAUUUUAUCGGAUGCUUUUUAAUAAAGACGUUAUUAUUAUUAUUAUUAUUAUUAUUAUUAUUAAAGACGUUAUUAUUAUUGACAAAUAGAAACGUUGCACUAAUUUAUUCAGUUACAACAAAAUAAGUUACAAAUAUGAACAAAAAACAAACGAUUGUGCACCGUCAGCAAGUUGCAUGAAGGUACUUGAAUCUCAAAAUUUGAUGCCCUUUUUUCAUAUUUCCCCAUUCAAGAAAACGCGAAGAUAUAAAAACCAACAAAAUAAAGUGUCACCAAAAUGGUGAAGUUAAGUACCUGUGAAAUUAACUGUACCGAUAAGGUACUUGGUGACGGAAAACAGGUAAUAUUGUGUCGUCGAGGAAUGAAAGAGCUCGAGGAAAAUUUUUCUCUCGUCAGGUCUUUUGAUGUCGAUCACUCUUCCAUGCUACGAUGAAACAGGAAACUUCAUUGGCGUAGCAGGGACGGAUAUCAACCUGGAGGACCUUCUUUCUGAAAUCACAUUCUUCAAUCAGGACCAGACAACCUACGCUUUCAUGAUCGCUAAAACGGGAAGGACCUUAAUUCACCCUCUUCUUCCAGCACCUUCUGGAGCGUAUGAAGACCCUUUUUUCAUAGACAUUAGGACCUUGGAAACUGAUUCGAAGUUCCUUGAAGUGUUUGCUUCUAUGACAAGGUAUGUAUGCAUGUGCAUUCGUUGUAGCUAGUUGCUCUUAUGGCUCUUUUAUUUUGCGUGUUUGUGUCAGUGGCCUCAACCCAUGAACAAGAGAAUGCUAGCUAUAUAGGUGAGCUGGGAAAGACGUGGGUGUUGUUUCGUGACGUCAGGGACGUACUUAUGUGUGUAAAUCUGUAUAAAUUUCUAGGUGUGAAAACGACGUUCUUUGCUCUGAGUGCCAUAACAAUGGGAUUAAAGGAACUCUACUCCUCAUUUUCCUGCCUAGCCUGGAGAUUAGGGUGGGGUGGGCUGACGCUUAUGCUUUUAGAACGUGAAUGAAGGUGAAAUGGUGACGAUCUUUGCUAGUUUGCUUUACACCUUUUUUGACUUUGGUGACUUUUCUGUUUUAAACAAACAGAGGUGAAUCUGGAUCAACAACUUUCGUAGCCACACGGUAUUUAUCUCGAGGAGGUGACAUCGAAGACGGAGGACUGGUAAAGCAGCUUAAUUCAUCUUAUUUUUGGUCUCCAGUGGAAAAGACGGAUUUUUCCAUUGGUGUGGUUAUACCUGUUACCCAUGAAAACGAGGUGUUAAACACUUUAAAAAUUCCCAAAGGUAAGGAUGGUUUCAGUUUAACAAGUUUAAGUCAUCAUCGUCCUUCAAUUCCCUUCUUGUCCCCUAAGGAGAGGCCAGAUGUCAGUUAAUCGCUAGUUGUGAUGGGGUGGUGGUUUUUUUUUUCUUUUUUUUUGGGGGGGGACGCUUGGUGCUAAUGGUUCAUUGUCAUAAACGUGUUUUUGCCUCCAUUGAUUUAGGGUAUUCUUUCAAGUAUCAUCGAAUAGACUUGGAUCCACCUCAACAUCCUUGCUUGCAUUUUGGAAAGACUGUAACUAGCAGUGAGUAUAAUUAAAGUACUUUUAUAUAGCUUGUAAGUAGGGAGUUUGAAUCAAUAUUUCCUUUAUGCCUUGUAUCUUAUUUGAUCCGUGAGCACCCUGCGGGCAGAGCCUCCUUUUGUCUUCUUGAGCGAGGAGGAGAAAAUGAGGCUCUGCCUGAAUCGCGUGAAGCCUUUAAUUGAAGCAGCCGUAGCCUGAAUUUCUGGGCCACUCAGUCUUGAUUUUCGCUCGUCAAAUCGGUUUUUGGGUGCGAGCAUUCGUUUAAGAACAAAAUCGACUGUUUUAACUGAGCCCACUGUAUCAAGCGGACGGCUAUUAGGCCUGGGUUUGAAACUGUAUCCCAGCAACGAGCAACACAUGAUCAAUAAAGAUUAAAGCAGACUCUCUCUCGAGUUCGCCAAAAUCGAGCAAGAGAGCUAAGGAACAUGAAAGGAAGGCUCUGCUGGAAGAGUGAUGCGUUAGCUAACGCGUCGUUGGAUCAUGAAUUUAUGUAGCUUAAAUGUCUGUCUUUUUUAUAAAUUAGAGGCUAUGAUCAUAGGAAUGAUAGAAAAAAUGGUGAUCCGAUCUUUAUUUAUUAGCAUUGAUAGUUAAAAAGUACAUUAUCAUUAUCAUUUUUAUCAUUUUAUUUAUCAUUGCUACUGGAGAGAUUUAGAAACGACGAGCGGCAAUCGUUAAGUUAUACGUCACCAUCAUCUCCUUUUACAUUUUAUCUGCACAAAAAGAAGUAUUUUCAGCUCAGUUUCAUCCAUAAGAAGUAUUUUAAUCUGCUCAUUUCCUAGGUUGUGAAAUUGUCACCCUUUGCGCUAUCAAAACAUCCGAGGAUGAUGAUUAUAAUAAUAAUAAUAAUAAUAAUAAUAAUAAUAAUAAUAACAGUAAUAAUUAUUAUUAUUAUUAUGUUUAUUUAUUUAUUGCGUUCGACGUUAGGAGAACGCUUCGUAAUCUUUGGGGAUCCUGUGGUCGAUGGGAUACCUGUGCAUGCCAGGCGUGAAGAUUCGAGAUUUUUGGUUACUUGGACGGGCGAUGUUCAAAAUCUGCGCCAUUUUGAAUAAUUAUUAAGCGCGCGCACGAAUUUUAAGCCCAAUAGCCGGCCAAAGAAAUUGCGGGCUCACCGGGUGGACAUGCGCACACAACUAUUUUUUACGUCAUAAGCAAUUGUCAUAUGGCAAUCACGUGCAUCACUGGUUCCAUCAAGGUCAACUAGAUGAUUACACGGGAAUAUUUGAGUUCGGCAAAAGAAUGAACUUUGGAGUUGUUUUCUAAGCGGGUUUUAUCACUGAGCUGAUGAUUCUGCUAAACUUUUCGGUCAAUGCCGUUCAAAUCGAGCUGGAACUUCGUAGAAACACACAAAUAAAGACCAGGUAACAUUUGUGCCGUGAGAAGUUUACCCGUGCGUUUGAGUCUAUUUACAUAUUUGUAGUUUAACCUCUUUCAUGCACGAAAAAGUAAGCUUGAGCGUAUCAGUGCAGUUUGUUACAACUGUAAUGCUUUAUUCACGUCUGAUAUCUCUACGCGGGUAAUUUUGCAUGAUAAGUAUCUCGCUCGCUGAAGCAAGCUAAGUUUAAAACAUGUUGAACUGACCUACAUGAACGUAAAAUAAUCAUGAGAUGAAAAGUUUGCACAAUGGCAAAAGAUUCUGUCCGGUUUUCUGACAUCAGUAAUCUAGCAGAAACCUAAUAUGUUUCCGUCGCUCCUAUGAUCAUUGAUUUCACUUCAAGUUGUGUCACGCAAGAAGCCAAGACUUUUAACCUUCAAGGCUACCAUUUUUUCGAAGUUUGUAGUGACAUGUUUAUCUUUUUAACAACAAAGAACUUUUUACGAUCUACUUUACAUUUUUAUCGACCAUGCUUGAGGGAGAGUAAGACAUUUUAAGAGUAGAGAGUUAAUGAGUGAGAUAUUUUGAAGCCGUAUACGCGAAGAACAUUUUUUACGAAAAGAAUGUUUACCUUUUAAUUCAUGAUCUCUUCCAUGAUUUUGAAAUCAAGCUUGACGACACAAAAGCUAAUCUGGAGCUAAGAAAACUCGAACGCACUUAUUGAUCUAUGAUUACUACUAGUUUUACAAUAACCGGAGCUCCUGACAAUAACUGAGAUACUUCUCCCGCGCUGAUUGGUCGAGACCUAAUCAGUCGAUUAGAGUAUAGACCGGCCAUGAAAAUGACAUGAUGGUGGCGCAAUUUCAUUUUUGAGUGCGAUAUUUUCAGAGAUGAAACUUAGCUUCAGCGAAAGGGGACGUCAAAACCUGUCAAUGUGAAGAAAAAAAUUGACAAUUUUUAUGGUCCAUACUCUUAUCGACCAUAGAAAUGACGUCAUAGAGUUCAAACCAUAUCUGCAGUGAAACCACCCGACUGCGGCUUGUGGGAUCACUGGAGUUUAGCUAUUCGACGUCAUUACUGUGGUGGAUAAACCGGAUCUUUUAAUGCACUGAACCUAAUCCUUCAAUUAAGUACAUGAAAAGAUCACGACGCUUGAGUCAAUUUAAGUCAGUUCGAGUGGCCCACAUGAGAAUUUCGGCCGAGCAGCGAUUUCGUUUCAAACGUCGAACUUUUCAUGUGCCAAACCUAACGCAUAAAUUAUCAUCAUUUAUCUUCACUGAUAAACAAAUACAUCGUGAAAAUGAAUCAACCCGUGGAACGUUUUUAUCAUGUGGGUGGACCCAAAUAGCUAUUAACCUCGGUACAUAUAACGUUCGACGUUUGAACUUCAAUAGUACAGACUAUUGGAAAUUAAAAAAAUUAAACGAGAUUUACUUGGAAGUUGGCGUUUGAUUGUAAUUCUACCUAUCCAUUGAGUGAGAAGGGGAUUACGUGAGAUUGCGCGACCUGCCAGCUCAGCUCAAUGCGUUCUUGCUCAGCAAAGCGAUCGGAGGUUUCAUUUGACUCUCUCUGUCUGCGUUAGAAAUUUGGAAGAGUACCUGACACCAACGGACGCUACACCGUAAGAGAAGAACAAAGUUUUGGAGGUUUUUAAGUCACACGUGGUCUGUAUAGGUAAAAUCACUACUGAGAACCACUAGCCUAUUUGGGCGAGUUAAACGAGUCUCGCAAGAACGCGCGAGCGAGCGGCGAAAGCCGCGAGGGGCAGAGGAAAGGAGUGCUUGCAACCAUCCCUUACAAAUUUUCAUUUGUACUUCGCCCAGACGAAGGGAAAUACCAUUGGCUGAAAAAUAACGUUCCGGAAAUCAAAGUUGACUGAUAACAGGCCAAGCUGGCACCCGCUUCGUCGGUGUGUCAAAUUUGGUUCUCAGGGGGAUCAGAUUGGUAUCGAGAACUUGUUUCAGCCCUCAAUGUAGACGGGCUUGUUUGAUGUAAUUCUCGCAAAGAGAAUAUUGUGUGUCGAGGAUAAUUUGGACCGAGUUUGUACUUCUUGUAGAAGGAAAAUGAAAACCCUUCAUCAGUUGUAUUCAUUUGUGUCAAGCGCCUUGUUUAGUUUAAAAAACCGGAAGAGCGAAGUGAAGAGUGAUUAAAGCGAAGUCUUCCAACAUAGGUUUCUUCGCCCGAUUGAAUAAAAUUCAGAAACGUGUACUUGACAGUGUAGCUGUGUAGCUUGAUCGUAAAGACGGAAAAGAGAAAGAGUUGGAAGCAACUGGAGUAAACCUUAAGAGAACCAAGUGCAGGAAAACGCUAUUCUCCAGUUCCAGACUGACAAAUAUAUGAUGUUUUUGUUGGUGAUUGCGAUGGCGAGUAGUCUUCUACACUGCAGUAUGGACGACUUUUCAAAAGUAAACGAAACGAGAAUCAAAGUAGUGAGUUCUUAUCCGAGCCGACACGUUGAAGUUCGAUGUCCCCGUGAAAAAAAAAACAUAUAAGUGAUUAAAAAUAUUGCUUUGAUGCUGUUGCGAACGCGAUUUAUAAAUAAAUAAUUCUACUCGCUCUCGGCUGUCUAAACUUACUUGACAGGCGGUUGUCACUUUUCUAAUCUGCGGCACGUUUGCGGUGACAGUUUUCACGCUUUGCGGAGUCCCGGAAUUUCCGGGGUGGAAAUGAAAAUUUAUGAGAGAUGGUUGCAAGCUCUCCUUUCCUCGGCCCCUCGCUCGCGCGUUCUCGCGAGGCUCGCUUCGCUUGCCCAAAUAGGAGAGCUUGCUCGCAGGCUAAGAACCACGAGCGACUUUACAGUACAUAUAGAUUUAGUAGACUUGGCGGGAAAUCCUGAAGUCUUGUCUCUAGGAACAGAAAUUGGAAGCAAAAAAGAGAAAAUUUCCAAUCGUGAAAGGAAUGACUCCCACCAAAAAGUGACAAAGCCCAGGGGCAGGAAAGUGACUGAAACUCCUAAAGGCGAGAGAAAGCCAAAGAGAAGCAUGGUGAACAGAAUACGACAAGCGAAUUAUUAUUUCGUCGCCGUCAGCAAGGGUUGACUCACCGCAGCCCACUAUACAUGACACAUUGCAGGUGACAAUGCAAGCUGGUGUCGUUCACCUUGCGAAUAUCUGACAAGAAGAGAAAGCUCGAAAGAGUAUAACAAGGCCGGCUGGCAGGUCGCGCAAUCUCACGUGAUCCCCGAAUGCCGUAAUGGUGAGGUAGAAUUAUUGUCGAUUUGUUAAAUUGUUACCUUCAUUUUGUUCCCGUAGAUACAACCGUUGUAAAAUUUGCCCCACUGGCAUUUAUGGACCCUUACAGAUAUAUUGGCAUGAACGAAACCACAGUUGACGUGAAGCAGCUUCAUGAUUUUAUGAUGGGAAAAACGACUUCGAGUGAAUAUCAAGAGUUAAGACCAGACAUCCGUGACACCGUCAUCGCUACUUGGAAGGCGGAAAAGCUAUGGCUAAGUAAUAAAACUGAGCUUACUCAAUACUUGGUUUGGCGAUACGUUGGAACAGCCAAUGGAGUUUUUAGAGUGACUCCUGGUGCUGUGGAGCAAAAAAGCUAUGACCCCAGAAAUAGGCCUUGGUAAGUGUGUAUACUUACUUCCAGUAAAGAAAGAUCUUCUUGCUUAAUAAGUAAUCCUUGUAAAACAUUUAGGUUGAUCUGAACGGCCUUACUUGCAUUGGUAUAAUUAUUGCUCUUGAUAUAAUAUUUUCAUUUUGCCAGGGCUAAAAGCGAAGCUGCCAUUAAUAAAUUUAUAAUUUAAAUCAAACAAUGAACUUGUAUCCCACAAUUCAGUUUACUUUAGAGCACAUUCAUGUGACUUUUGAGGGAAAGGCUAAGUGAUUUUAGAGAAAAAUAAUUUGCAAACAGCCAAAGAGUGAACCAACUCUUACAUCGAGUUGAUAGCCUCAAUAAAAGAAAUAUAAUUCGGUGAAACAUUUACAGAGACAACAAUUUUCAUUCACGAAGACAAGUAUUAAAGUUUUUCUAAAAAUCCUGCCUCUUAAAGCUUUAGCUUAAGUUUAUGUUUUAAGCCGGCCUCCCGGUGUUUGCUUUCUUCAAAGAUGAACUCGAGGCAAGAAAAUCGCUCAAAGUUUUCUUUUCACAGCCAUCUUUAUAACUAAAUAUUCUUCGGAACGUUUUCUUUCUAGAAAAAAUAUAUCUAAAGGCUUUUUAAAGUUGAGUAAGCUUAUAUCAAACCUGAUACUAGGUCAGAUCAUUGUCUCAAAUCUUACAAACGUGCAUAAAUUUGCCACAUAAAGUGUGCUCGACUUCAUGAAAUUAGAUAUAAAAAAACAAACAUCACAUACAGUAAUUACUCAGGCCUACCAUUGGAGAUGCAGCUCCUGAAAGCUAUCAAGUAAGGCCAGAAUCGUUGGGACUUUUGAACCCCCUUACGCAUCAAGCAAGGUGAAAACGAAAACGAUGCCAUCCGAAAUCGGAUUUCCGACUUUGAGAAGCGAUGCAUCUCUCAACCAAAAAACAAUAAACAAACUAGCCGCGAAUAACAGAAGACUCUUGAUAGCAGCUGUAUUUCACUUUGUACAUCCAGUGUAAAAAGACAGUUAAAAGCAUCACUAGUUAACACAAAACUCUGUCAGUGACUGUCAGCUUCAGCUGUCAAAGGAAACAAGUUUAAACAUGCUGCACAAAUUUUCCGCAUUAACUCACCUGUCAAAUUUUGACCAAUCAGAGCAGAAAAAUUGGACGUAUAGAGCGUGACCAACGCGUGACAGUGGUAAGAAAAGGUCUUCCCUGCCUGUAUUUUUAAAUAACUGGCUGAAGUUUCGAGUCCGAGGUUAGUUUGAAAUUAAAAUCUUAAUAGUACGGGGCCAUAGUGACAUAAACACAACAUAUUUCAUAUGAGUUUUUAAAAAAAAUAAACUUAACCCUAUUCAGACUGGGCUUUUUUGGUCAGUCUAUGACUGGGGGGGGGGGGGCUCCUCGGACUCCCCCUCUAUAUCUCUGGUCAUGGAAUUUACACACAAUGAUCAUCUCCGUACAAAGAAGCCUCACACCCAGUUUUGACUUGCCACGCCCAAUGAUGACGUCACAGUGACGUCAUAUUCCGAUUUUUCAAUGUUUCUUAUUAUUUUUCCACUUAGAUACGUAAAAUAUCAAUAAUAUUGGUAAAGUCAUCUCUUUAAUAUCCUUUCUUAUGAACUAGUAACAAGGAAACACUUGUACAGCGAGAAAAAGCAAUAGGAAGUAAUAAAAUUUAAAAUUUGAAAUGGUUGUCCGCCAUCUUGGAUCCGCCAUCUUGGAUUUUCGUUUUUUUGUUAAAAUUAUAAUUUAAAGCAACUUUCAAAGGGGAAAAAGCUCAGAAUGUAUAAAAGAAGUAUCAAACUAAUGUUUAUUACCCAAACAAAUGACUUUGGAAGUGUUAUUUGGAAAAUAGAGCAGCAUAUUUGUCAAAGCAAAAAAGUGACAAAUUUUACCCCACCCCUGCCCCCAAAUAUUCGAUGUUGAAACAUUUUGAUGUAAUUCAAAAACUAGUCCCAAGCAAAGACCAUUUUAACAACAAAAAGCACUAUAAGUGUAAAAACGCGAUCUUAAACCAAAAAAAUCACCAUUUUUUAAAUCUUCCAAAACCUAUGUGUCAGAAACUGGUUGCCAUGGCAACUUGAUUAAUCACAUGGACAUGGUAAUAAUACCAAAAUGUUCCUAGAUAAAUUUUAGGAGAAGUCAGAAAAUUUGAACGUCAUAGCUCUUUUGGUGUAGGAGUUAUCACGAUUUUGCCGGAGGGGGGGGGGGUUCCAAAAGCCCCCCCCCCAGUCUGAAUGGACACCUAAGCCCGUGAUACGGUCAGGUGAUACUGGUCAGCGGAUGCCUUGUUUUGACAGCUGUCAAUUGAUCCAUAGAUGUUAUCCAUGAUUGAUCACAACAUUGAUGUGCAAUCAGUUUUCUCCUGGACUCCCAAAGUAGUUAGUAACCAUUGGUUUUCCCGUGGUGCGGACGGACGGUCGGUCGGUCGGUCGGUCGGUCGGUCGGUCGGUGUACAGACACGUUAUUACCAAAUUUUCUGGGAUGGGUAGAUUUACUUAGCUAUGGGGCUCCGAAGCGCGCUUGGAGCUCCGUUAAUAAUAAUAAUAAUAAUAAUAAUAAUAUAAAAUAAUACAAACACUUGGUAGCAAACACUUGGGCUGUGUCGUUCAUGAGGUAUGGAGCAGGAACAAUUAAAUGGAAUAAGGAGGAACUUCAGGAAAUAGAUAGGAACUCUAGAAAAAUCAUGGCAAUGAAUAAGGAGCUACACGCUAGAAGUGAUGUUUCCAGAAUAUACGUACCCAGAAAGAAGGGAGGAAGAGGCGUGAUCAGUUGUGAGAGCUGCGUGAGGAGAGAAGAGAACAACUUGAGUUGGUAUGUAAGAAAUAGUGAAGAGGCAUUACUCAGGAAAGUUGGAGAUAGCAAUGUAGUCAACAUCUCAGAGGCUGUGGACGUAAAGGAGUACAAAGUGGAAGAAGUAAAGGAGACGGAGAAUGAAUGGAAGCAGAAAAGAAUGCAUAGGCAGUAUGUGAGAAAAAAGGAAGGUAUUGACUGGGAUAGAACUUGGCAGUGGAUUGCAAAGGGAGGUUUGAAAGGAUGUACUGGGGCCCUGAUAUGUAGCGCCCAGGAAGAGGCUUUGAGAACAAAUUAUACGACAUUUUAUAUUGAUCAAACAGCAGAAUCCCCUUUGUGCAGAAUGUGCGGAGGUAAGGGAGAAACGGUGGCCCAUGUUGUAGGUGAGUGCGGUAAGCUGGCGCAGACAGAAUAUAAAGGAAGGCAUGAAAACAUGGCAGGGUAUAUUCACUGGCAACUUUGUGGUAAAUGCGGAUUGGAAAGAGCUUAUAGCUGGUAUGAAAAGAAGCCGGAGGGAGUGGUGGAAAGUGUAUGAAAACUUCAAGAUACUGUGGGAUUCCACAGUCCGGUGUGAUCGGAAAACUGAAGCAAGAAAACCAGACAUUGUCUUUAUUGAUAAGAAGGAGAGAGUGGUUAUCAUAACUGAUCUUGCCAUCCCAGGUGAUGACAGGGUGAAAGGUAAGGAACUUGAGAAGUAAGAGAAAUACCAACUAUUGAAAGAUGAGAUUGCAAAAGCCUGGCGCAUGCGAAAAGGUAUUGUAGUGCCUGUUGUCAUUAGGGCCCUUGGAGCCGUAUCAGUCAACUUUAAGGAGUACAUGAAGCGAAUCGCCGUGAACGUGAGGUUGGAAGUUAUCCAGAAAACAGCAUUGUUGUGGACAGCAAAGAUACUAAGGAAAGUACUGUCCCUGUACGAAGAACGAAAAGAGAGACCUGGGACCCGUUGUGACUUGUUGUAACCCGCUCCCAAGGACUAUAAACCAGGCCGAACAUUUUGCCUGAGUCUACAAGGAAUGGACACAAUAAUAAAACCGCGUAAUGUUGACGCAUAAUCUUUCGAGCGCGCGCUAGUUUUGGUCAGGCUCGUAAGAUGUUAGGGUUUGCGAAACACGCGUUUCUAGUUUGAGAGAUAUUAUUUUUUUCCCCUGCAGGUAUCACGCUGCCGUAAGUCACUCAGGCUAUCUUACUCUUACAACUCCGUAUCUGGAUAUGGGAGGAGCUGGGGAAGUUAUUACCGCUGCUCGUUCUUUGUAUCGCAGAGAGUCUAGGGAUAAUGUUCUUGGAGUAAUGGGAGCUGAUUUUCCUUUGAGACACUUUUACAGGUAUACGAUGGUAUAAGUGUAGAAUACUUUGUUAAACUGUUUUCAUGGGGCUAGCUUUUUGUUUCAAACUUUGAUAUGUAUUACAUUUUACAUGUCAGUGCUGAAAUCCCAGAAAUAUACUUUUGCUGACCUUUGUUCAUAUAAUCAGGUUUUUAACAUUCAUUCAAAAUUUUUCUCUGUUAAGUUUAUGAUUGGCUCAAAUCCCCCGACUGAUUCUUCACAAACAGCGCUAUUGAUGGCGUUGAACAGUUUUGAAAGAUCUUUGCCGAUAUCAAAGAAACUGACGUCAAUUGUACUGAUAUGAACAGAAAAGAGGACAGUGAAGGGGGCGGUAGCUUAGCUGUUUUGAUAGUGCUGGAGAUAAUAGUGGAACUCACAUGAAGCGAAGAUAAAGAAAAGAGGCGUCUCACCGCCGAUACCCAUUUAUACACAUGGAUAAAUUGAGGCACGGUCAGAGUAAAACCGUUGCCAAAGAAAACAACGUAAUGACCCGGCAGGGCUGAAAAUCCGCAUCUCAUAAUCUGCAUUUGGAGUCCAUGGAAUAAACUAUUAAGCAACUGCACCUCCCGUUAAUUCAAGGCAUUUUAAUUACAUCUUUCAGGCUACUUACAACGGUUUAUCCCGAGUGCGCAGAAUCAGAGCCGUAUUCAUGUUUCAUUAUGGAUCAGUCUGGCUUCCUCGUAAUGCACCCGGAUUUCAUGUUGCCCUCAGCCGAAGCUUUCGAUGUAGAGCACGUUCAUAUCACCCAAAAGGAAAAGAGCGUCGCAAUUGAUUUAAUUAGUCAUGGCUACUUAAUAAAGAGGACGUGUCGAAAUGUGGAAAGUAUAAGACAGCAGAGCUUUUAUGAACUUCAUUUGCCUCCGGAGGGAUUCAGUACAUUACAGUCAAACCAGGGAUGCAAGUAUGAGCUUAGUCAAAUACCUGGAACAAACGUCUACUUAGGUUAGACAACUGAUAUGCUGUUAGUAAUACACAAUAUUUUUUUGCCAAUUGCUCGUUAUAGGAAUGUAGUACCUAUUUGUAAAAGAAAUGGGGUGGGGGAGGGGUAAUAUUUCACGUACGUGAGUCAAUUAUAACAAGUAUUCAUCGCUCGUGCGAAGCUCGAUCAGUUUUAUGUAAAAUAUAGCAAAGAUAUGAUUAAAGCACUUACGCUGCAGAAAUGAUAAAGGGCUCCGCUUUGUCCCCAAAAGUUGGUUAAUCACACCCGACUAGUCUUAAAACGACUCAUUUUCUUGGUCCAUCUUUGAACAAAAUAGUGCCAGAUGCAAGUUAUGUUUACGUCCUUUACGAAACCUUGUAGAAUUUUACUCGAUUAAGCUUUGAUGAUUUAAAACUUUCAGACAUAUUCAAACGGAUCCAACAACAUCUAAACAUGCAUAUGCUAGAUAUUUUAACGGGCUUUGAUAGAGUUUUGUCAUGCAUGGUGAGAGCCAUACUGUUUGUCAAAGCUUAGCUGAAAUUACAUCUUUAAGUAUUCUUGUUCAUCUUUUCUCGUACAUGAAAUUUUUAAGGACCGAUAUCAAAUGAUUCUAUCAAAGCAAUGAUCCCUUUCCAUCUUGGCCGUUUCAAGAUAAAGAUAUGCACUUUAUAGUUGAAGUAUGAGUGGCAGAGUGGUUCAGCCAUUGGAUUCCAAAGUGCCUUUAGGGUAUUUAAGUAACCAAAAAAAAACAUCGUGAUAAUAGUUCCCUUUAUGUGUAGUUAAGGCCCGGUUCAGACGCCGCUCCACUCAUGUGCCGCACCUAACUGAUGAAUUAAGUACGGCAAAAGAGCGGCGUCUGAAUCAAUUUGGUACGGCAGUUUUAGUUUGGUGCGGCAAAAACGUUAAGUUCGACAGAGUCUGUCGAACGUUUGUCGAACUUAACUUAGGUUCGACACACGGUACGCCGUCUGAAUCAGAUGUCGCGCCAGUGUCGAUCCAAAGUCGAACUUAUUCAGUUAAGUUCGGCACAUGAAAAGUACGACGUCUGAACCAGGCCUAAGUAAGGUCAACUUGCCUUCCCUCUCUGCACAGGUGUUGUCGCGCGGGAUUCCCUCUGUGUUUCAUCGUCCUGCUCGUGCUCUUCAGAUAAUGAAUGCUCCUCAUUGACUGAUUUGAAGUGUGAAUGUCCCUGUACCUCCGCUCUGGAAUUUUUUUAUUGUCGAAGUCAGUUUCCAAACAGCAGGUUAGUCAACAUAAUCCAAAGUCAUUUUGUAUUAAGCCAAAACGCAGCUUUAAAAGCUCUUUUCAAUAGCAUACGACUUGGAGUCAAAAACUUAACCAACGGUUGAAAUCUUUGCUUUCUUCAAUCAAAAUUACGACAAAGUGAAACAAUCAAAAUGGAACUAAAUUCACCAACCACAACAUGAAGACGCGAACUGAAAAUCGGAUGUUUCCUGAAAGGUCUUCUUCGGUUAUUCAAACGAAAAACUUUAAUGUUGGUUAAUUUUUUGGCUUUAGGGGUCGCAUAUCAUUAUCACGAACUUCAUCAUUAAAAUACGUAGUGAUUUUUCGCUAUUUGUAAAAGGAACCAAUAGAUCUUUACGAAAUUAAACCUUCAUCGAACCAAUAAAGUACUGGUAAAAUAUGAUACGUUACCUUAUAGGGGGUGUCGCACUAUUUGCUAUCUUUUUGAAAAGUUAAAAAGUGUCUUCUCAUCAAUUGAAUUCUAAAAAUAAUGGUCCAGUUUUGUGAUUUAAACCAAUAUUUAGGCAUUAAAACUGUUUCUUGUUGUCAGUUGCUGCGGAGGGAAUUAAGGAUGGACAGGGAUUGAAACUUGAAAAAGUUGGGCUAAGCUUUUGAAGACCAAAUGCCUUGCGUGCAAAAAUCACUAAAAAAAAUUAUGGCUAGUGCUCCCAGAUUCAGUUUGAUAUCUUCUUCAAAACUAUACAGGAGCAUUUUAUUUAUGGGUAAAGGCAUUAGUAAUAACUUCGGCACAGAUUUGACCUAAAACACGAUAUAGAAACAUAACAACAUAGUCUCUUACAUUAUUUGCUCUUAAAAAUGGCCAAUAGGAGCAGCUUUUUACUAAAGUAGGCAAAUUCCCUUUAAUAGGGCCCUUUGCAUGAGUUGAUCACGUGAUCAACUUUCGGUAUACACGAAAACAGUUCAUUUUUGAAGUAUUUCUCAGGGCAGAGUGAAAGAGCAUAUUAAAAUUAGGUAACCUGAGAAUUUUCAGCCGUAUAUCUCAAAAGUAGCGAUUGCAACCCCCGCCGAAAGUUAUGAGCAUUUGUAAGAGAAAAACAACUUUUGCCACCCAGUCACGCUUGCAUGAAAUAUUUUUUUAAGCAUUACGGAGCUCAAAUCUCCCUUCAAUUCAUAACAGCCCUUAAAUGCGUAAGGGAAAGAUUUAAGGAAAGUUUAUAAAUUUUAGAAUUUACAAGGAUUUGUCAGUGAAAAACCACUAAAACGUGACUAGGUGGCAAGAGUUGUUUUUCUCGUACAAAUCCUAAUUUUCGGACAGCAGUUGCAAUCGCUACUUUUGACAUACAUGGCUUAAUAUGCUCUUUGAGCCCGUGCUACUAAAAUUGUUCAAAAGCAGACCGUUUUCGCGUUUACCGAAAGUUGAUCACGUGAUCAACUCAAGUAAAGGGCCUGUUAGCUGCAACAAACAAUAAGAAUUUCAGUUAGGAACAGAAGAGGCUGUCAAACUCACAAAAUUUUAGGUUAAUUAGGUGGAACAGUUUAUGAUUUUUAGUUAUGAACAAGGCUAGAAUACCCCAUCCUGGUGUAGAUUUAUUGUGUGGUAUAUAUCUACAGUUUUGUAACUCAAGAUUAGAGUACCUCAUACUCGGGUCAAUUAUAAGUUUUGUAGAGUUUCGGAAUAAGGCUUGAAUGUCUCAUAAUCAGGUAGAUAUAACUUGUUAUAUCUGCAGUUGAACCAUCCGUUCACCUUUUGUAAGAAACUAAUUGACUGAUUUCUUUCCUCUACUUUGUUUUGUAUAGCCUUCCUUUGUGCCCAUCAUUUGCACCUUCAGGACAACCUAACAAUAAUUCUUUAAAUCCCAAAACGAUUUGUCUUAACAAAUGCUUUGAUCCCCAUUGUGAGAGGAGAAACAGUUCCCAUUGGUGUGAUGGGAUAGUUAGUUGUUAUUGGUGCCAGAAGGACAAGAACGGCAUAAAACUGGAAAAACCCUACUGCGCAAGUUCCCAACGCUGCUUCAGAGGAAAAGAGUCUGCAACUUAUGAACGU